AUGUCAGCUCCUAUCGUGCUAUACACUGCAGGCACGCCCAACGGCCACAAAGUAUCUGUUUUUCUUGAAGAGCUCAAGACCGCAUACGGUCUCCAAUAUGACACGCAGAAGAUUGACAUCGGCAGCAAAAACGAGCAGAAAGAGCCGUGGUUCAUCAAGCUGAACCCCAACGGCCGCAUCCCGACGAUCACCGACCGCUCGCGCGGAGACUUCAGCGUUUUCGAGACCGCGGCGAUUUUGCUCUACCUCCAGCAACACUAUGACAAGGAGGGCAAGUUCGGGUUCGACAAGGAGUCGCAGCCGAACGACUACAGCGAGAUGCUGCAGUGGAUCUUCUUCGCUCACGGUGGCGUGGGUCCCAUGCAGGGCCAGGCGAACCACUUCAACCAUUUCGCACCCGAAGACAUUCCCUAUGCGAAGAAGCGCUACCUUAAUGAGACGAAACGCCUCUAUGGCGUGCUUGAAAUCCGUCUCCAGGAUCGCGACUGGCUCGCUGGCCCGGGUCGCGGUGUUUACUCUCUCGCGGACAUCAACGUCGUCCCUUGGAUCAGGAUCCACAACUAUGCGGGGAUCGAAUCUCUUGAUGAGUGGCCACGUGUGAAGGCAUGGGUCGAAGCUGCGUUGGCUCGUCCGGCUUUCCAGGUUGGCAUCAAGGUCCCGGCGUAA